AUUUACCUGGCCUCCUUCAUAGUUUCCGCAGAGAUGAAGCUGCAGUAACUGUUGUUGUUUUAGUGGAUUUUCUUCAGAGGCAGUAACAAAUUUAUUGUUAGGUCUUUCAUAGGAGCGCGUGAUGGCUGAUAAUGCUCAAGUGGCAGCAGCUGGCCCUGGUGAUGCUGCACCAGCUGGCGGCGAGCAGCAACAACAGCAACAGCAACCUAGUAUUUUGCGUACAAUUCUCACUCAGCUGUUCAUAAUGUAUGCGAUUAACAGCUUUUUUCGGUCAGGGAAAACCUCCGGUCCUGCUGCAAGCGUAGGGCGCAAUUUAUUUCCUCCUAACCAGUCUAUGGAACUUGCUGUAUACCUGACAGAAAGUAGCAAUUUUACUGAAUUUAAUUGCACCAGCUGCUUGCUAUGGGAGGAAGCCGAGCUGGUGAUGGGAUCAUGGACGGAUGGUCCCAAUAAAGAUGGCAAAUUUUCAUUCUCAACGAAUAUUUCCAUAUCAGAGGCUGUUCAAAACAAUGGUUCAUUAUAUUUGCAUGCGUUUGUGACCAAGACGGGCCACUCACCUGACCCAAGUAGCACUACCUAUAAUCAACUGAGUACUGUCAACUCCUCAAGAUUGUUGACUAGAUAUAAGCCACAGCCGAUAAAGAAGACGGCAAACUUGUUGACUGGUGAAUCGGACCAGAACGUACCAGAAAUUAAGGAUGACACGCCUCGUAAGAUCAUCAGCUUCUGGCAUCCUAAUUUGACACUCAAUGUCCUGGCAGAUCAUACCAACUGGCAGCGAGAUGCUGUCCCACCUCCUAUGGACAAAUUCAUCGAAUUUGACAACAUGACAGGCGAUUACUUUCCUGUUCUGUAUAUGAAUGAUUACUGGAACAUGGCCAAGGAUCACUAUCCCAUCAAUGAAACUACUCCAGUUCUUCCCCUGAACCUGGAGUACAGUCCAUUGACUAUCUUCUACUGGCAAAUGUACCUCUCUCAGUCCAUGAAGCCGCAGUGGAUGCAGUGGAUGGGUGAGCAACAGGCUACUGAUGAAGAGCAGGACUCGUUCAAGGAGACGCUAGUUGAGACCAAUCCCUACCUGCUGGGAAUGACCAUAGUGGUCAGUCUACUGCACACGGUCUUUGAGUUCCUGGCGUUCAAGAAUGAUAUUCAGUUCUGGCGCAAUCGCAAGUCGCUGGAAGGUCUCUCAGUGCGCACCAUCUUCAUGAGUGUGGUGCAGAGUGUUAUUGUUCUGCUGUACGUCAUUGAUAACGACACCAACACCAUGGUCAUUAUCAGUGUGGCCGUGGGCCUGGUCAUUGAGAUGUGGAAACUACCCAAGGUUUUGAACAUUGGGAUUUCUCCAGAUCGGAAGCUGCUUGGUGUGCUGCCUUUGCCAACGUUUGCAUACAAAUCAACCUAUAUUGAGUCUCCAACUAAGAAAUACGAUGAGAUGGCCUUCAAGUACCUGUCCUGGCUGGCAUUCCCACUGCUAGUCGGUUAUGGAGUGUACUCGCUGCUCUACCAGGAGCACAAGGGAUGGUACUCGUUUGUACUCGGCAUGUGCUAUGGAUUCCUGCUGACAUUCGGUUUCAUCAUGAUGACACCGCAGCUCUUCAUCAACUACAAGUUGAAGUCAGUCGCUCAUCUUCCGUGGAGAAUGAUGACGUACAAGGCAUUAAACACAUUCAUCGACGACAUCUUUGCGUUUGUCAUCAAGAUGCCAAUGCUGUAUCGCAUCGGCUGCUUGAGAGAUGAUGUAAUCUUCUUCAUCUUCCUGUAUCAGCGUUAUAUCUACCGUGUGGAUCACACUCGUGUCAAUGAGUUUGGCGUGUCCGGCGAAGACCUUGGUGCACCAGGAGAGGGGGUCAGUGCUACUGCUGCUGUUGCUGAUGCUGCAGAGGUUGCUGAUGGCCAGGAGGCUGAGAGUGCUCCGGAAGCGUUGCCUGAAGAUGACGAGGCAGACAGAACAGAGGAAGACGGUGGGGAAAGUAGCAGUGAGCCUGCUGCAACAGCUGAAGAUGACAGCGUCGAUGAUGGCACUGAGCUGCGGAGAAGACAGGCCACGUCAACGUAGUCACUGUGUAUGUGUGUGUGUGUGGUGUUUGGUAAUACUGUUUGGUGAUGCCGGCGGUGUUACAUGUUCUUCCUGGGACGGAUGUGGAAAGAGGAGAUGCACCAGCCAAGCCGGUACACUGUCAGUCCGCUCCGCUGCGACAAUGUUUGUCUCCGGAGUUCAAUGCGCUGACAGCUGCUACCCCGGGGUGGUCCUGCUUACAUCCUGCUGCCUCAGCUUGUCCUUGCGGCUUACUGGCCUAUCAAGGCUUAUGCACUGUGCUUCCGUGUGAUUUUAGUGCAGCCUGCCUUUGAUACACAUUUCUUCAGCACGUCAUAACCAUGACACAUGACCAUGAAAUUUAAAUAUAAGUUAUGCAAUUCCAUUUCUUCUACUCCGAGGAGACACGGACUUGCUUGUGUAAGUGUUUCAAAAGCGUUCCAUCAUCAUGUCAUUAUUUACACAGCAGAGCUGACCAGCUUUCCAUCUCUCUUUUUUUAAACUCAUUGUGUAACGAAUCUUUGUGAAAAAUGCCGGAUUGGCUACUUCAAUUCCAAUCAAGCCAUGCAAGAUAGGAGCAUUGUGGUGACCUUGUCUUUGAUUGUUUGUUUUUUUGUUUUUUUGUAACGUCCAGUUGGUUGUUCAUUUUCCUGGUUUAUGUACUGUCGUAUGUUGUAACCCGAACUAACUUGUAUGGAUAUACCCUACACUGGCUACAGUACAAACUGAGCAGUGACCCUGG